AUGGCGAAGGACAAAGCGGACAAGAAUCCGAGCAAAAGGCUGAGAGAAAAUGGCUCGCAAACGGAUGAAGAUGAUGAACAUGUGGGCAUCGGUGGAGUAAUGUCAGCACGCCCCCAGGAAUUGAACACUAACCUAGAUCAAGUCUUAACAGCGUGGGUGAAAUUGCACUACUAAAAGAUGAAAUACGUAAGCUGAGAGAUGAAGUAAAGAAUUUGAAACAAUCUUUGCAGUCUACCGAGAAAGAAAUUCGAAGUCUACAAGAAAGCCAGAAACAAACUUCUGCACAAGUAAAAGAAAGCAGUGAUGACAUUGCCUUCUUGUUCGAGGACAUUGGAGCGCUAAGACGCAAAAACAUAAAGUUGGAAGCCUAUAAAAGACGUGAGAACGUAAGAAUUUUCAAUGCCGAGGAAGAAGACGAUGAAAAUACUGAAGAACUGGUAAGAAGUGUCUUUGACGCUAACUUGAAAAUUCCAGCGGAUAAAGUCAACGGUAUCUGCUUUGAGCAAGUUCACCAAAUCUCCACUCAUAAUUCUAGUCUAAAAGCUCCGCCCUAUCCUAAACUAAUUAUGGCUCGUUUCAGUCCUUAUCAGGACAAAGAUUAUGUUCGCUCCUUCUGUAAGAACUUAAAAGAAACAAACAUUGGUUUCUCAUAUUAUUUCCCGAAAGAAAUUGAAGAAAUUCAUGGAAAACUUUAUUCAGUGCUUAAAAAGGCCAAGCAGGAUAAGCAAAAAGCCUUCUUUAAUUUUGAUAAAUUGAUUAUCAAUGGCAAUAUGUACAGAGGAAAAGAAAAUAAAGACCUUCCCUAUUAUUAUAAUAUGGCAAAAAAUUAUUAAUGAUUCCAUGAUCGGUUUCAAACUGAACAGUGAAUCCACGUCCACUAGACGUUAAGAAGUUUGUUUAAUGUAAGCUUAUAUGUAAAUGUUCUAUGUGUUCUGUUUUGUUUCUACCAUUUUCUCAGUUGGAGGAGAAAAUGUCUUUUGUUCCACUCUCUUUCAAUGCCUUGUUAAACAUCGGAAAGUACUAAUCCCAAACAAUAUAUGUAUUUAAAAAAAACACAACUUAAGUGGAAGAUUUAUUUAAAUUAGAUUUCUUUGAACGUACGCGGCAUAAGAAUUUUUUAUAACUAUUUUCACUUGGUGCUGUAAAAAAAGCUGACAUAAUAUUCCUGCAAGAAACGUAUUCAAAAGAGGAUUCAGAAAAACAAUGGGCAAAUGAAUAGGCAGGUACAAAAGUCGGACCGGAUUAACUCGGACCGACUCGGACCAACUCGGAUCGAAUAAAAAAAUAAAAAUAAAAUAAAAUUGGACUCGGAUCAACUCGGAGCAAUCAAAAAAAAUAAAUUAAACCAGCAAAACUGAAAGUUUAACCCAUUUGGAGGGUAAAAAAGGCCAGAUCAUCCUUUUUUUCUCCGUGCCUUUCAGGCGCCAUUUUGUUGUACUAGUGUCAGUUCCUCUCGGAUCAUGUUCUGAGCUCGUGGUUGUGGUUGGACAGUGAAAUGAUAGUUUCAGUCGCCUAGAAUGUAUAUAUUUUCUUAUUUAUUGGACUACUGAAUUACUGAAUUAUUUAUGAGAAAAUCAUCAAAAGCCUGGGCUGUCGAUCGCAUUUAGAUAGUUACCGAAGAGUGUUUGUUUGUUUGUUUGUUUUUUUUUCUGCAGGACUUCUAAAACUUAAUUUUAAUGAUACACUAGUGAGCAGCACAAAUACAUUUCCAGUGAACAAUUUCAACUUGGAAGGAGGAGAAACCAUGCUCGCCUAGGACAAGGGAAGUUUCCAUGCCCAAGGCAAGAAUCGAACUCGCGACCCUCCGGUUCAGUGGUUGGAACGUACGAUAAACAUGUAGUAUUCGGGGGGUCGUGAGUUCAAUUCUCGCCUAGGGUACGAAAAUUUUCGUUGUCCCGGGCGAGCAUGAUUUCUCCUCCUUCCAAGUUGAAAAUGUUCACUGGAAGUGUAUGUGUGCUGCUCACUAGUGUAUCAUUAAAAUUAACAAAAAUAAAAAUAAAAUUAAUUUACGCAACCACGAGUUCGUGAGAAAAAAACAAAAUGGCGGGUGAAAGUUAAGUGAUACCGACCGAUUUUAUUUUUCUUUUUAUAAUCCGAGUUGCUUUUUUUAUGAUCCGAGUUGAUCCGAGUCCAAUUUUAUUUCGUUUUUAUUUUUUUAUUCGAUCCGAGUUGGUCCGAGUCGAUCCGAGUUGAUCCGACCCGGACUGGCGGUCCGAGUUGAUCCGGUCCGACUUUUGUACCUGCCUGCAAAUGAAUGCUGUGGUAAAACGUUUUUCUCACAUGGUAGUCCAAAUUCAUGUGGGGUUGCGAUAUUGAUUAGGGAUAAUUGUAAUUGUGUAAUCCAAAAAUCCAUUUUUGAUCCUCAGGGAAGAUUUAUUAUUUGGAAGGCAGGCAUUCAGGAUAAAGUGUACAUUUUAGUUAAUAUUUAUGCGCCAAACAAAGACAAAGUCAGCGGCAAAUUUUAUAAAAACCUGCAUAGAGUGCUACAGACUGAAGUCUUAGAUUGUGAAGAAAAUAUAAUCAUUGGUGGGGACUUUAACUGUCCUCUUGACCCUAAGCUGGAUAAGAAAGGUGGCGUUAAGAUACCUUGGAAAAUGGUUAUAGAUAAUAUUGAAUGUUUACAAAAUGAAUUGGACCUUGUCGACGUCUGGAGAAUUAAAAAUCCACAAUCUAGAAGUUACACUUGGAGCCAAAAAUCUCCACCAAUUAAUUUUCUGUCGUUUAGAUUACUGGCUGAUAUAAAACAACUUGCAGGAUUUGUAAAAACAACCGAUAUCAUUCCAGCUAUAAAAACUGAUCAUGCAGCAAUUGAGUUGAAUCUAAUCGACUCCAAUCAAAACUCAAAAGGGUCCGGCUUCUGGAAAAUGAACGUCUCCUUUCUCGAAGAUCCAAAUAAUCUGGAAGAAUUAAACUAACUAUUUCACUUUGGAAAACAACAGGAAGUGGUAAUUUGUCAGAAAAAAGGUGCAUCUGGGAUUGGCUUAAGUAUAAUAUUCGGAACCACGCUAUUUUAUUCUCGAAUCUUACAACAAGUAUACGAGGAAGCAACUAAAAAAUGCGAACAGGACCCUUCUGACUCUAACCUAAAUACUCUAAAUGAAGCCAAAGAAAUUCUAGAAAAUUACUAUGAGGAAAAAACAAGGGGUGUAAUUAUUCGCGCAAGGGCAUGAUGGCAUGACCAUGGCGAGAGAAGUAAAAAAUAUUUUCAAACCUUAGAAAAGCAUAAUCACGUCAAAAAACAUAUAAGAAAACUGGUAAUAAGUCGUUCGAUUACAUCUGAUGCUUUUGGGAUACUGAACGAACAAAAACGCUUUUACCAUAGCUUGUACAAAUCAACCGUUACAGAUGAGGAUAGGGAAAAUGGAAACGAAUUUUUAAAUAAUUUUAAUGUACAAAGAUUAUCAGAAGAAAAAAAACAAUCUUGUGAAGGAGAAAUAUCUGUUGAAGAAAUUACAGCCAUUCUUAACAGUUUUGAGAGUAACAAAUCUCCUGGUAACGUUUAAAGCAAUAUAUCAACUUGCGCCGUCCUAUAUCUGCAAUCUAGUUCGAUUAAAGGAGAAAUGUAAAUACCAGCUUCGUUCUUCUGAAGAACUACUAUUGCAGUUGCCCAUGGGAAAAACAAAGAAAACUCUGGGUGACAGAUCAUUCCAAAUAGCUGCCCCUGCACCGUGGAACAGUCUGCCUGCAAGUGUCAGAGACAUCGAUAACUUUUUGGUGUUUAAACGAACAAUAAAGACUUACUUAUUUAGGAAGGCUUUUGCCUUAGAUAAAUUUUAGAUUAUAAAUUUUAGGUAUUCUUAAGUAUACUUUAUUGUAAUUAUUACAGGUAGUUAUAGUUGUAAGGCGCAUUUGAUCAUUUGCGCCUCAUAAGAAAUAAAUAUUAUUAUUAAUGAUGGAAUACCAAUUGAAUUUGGUCUACAAAAGUUGCUGGGAAUUAAUUAGUGAUCCAUUUAUGGAGUGUGUGAGGGAGUGUUUCAACCACGGAGAAAUGUCUAGCUCUCAAAGAAAAGCAAUCAUAACUCUUAUAGAAAAGCAACAUAAAGAUCUAACUCUCAUUGAAAAGUGGAGGCCAAUCUCUUUUAUGAACGUGGAUGCAAAAAUCAUUUCAAAAGUGAAAAAGUGAUUGCUUUAAGAUUAAAGAAAGUUCUACCGAAUGUCAUUCAUCAUAAUCAAACAGGUUAUGUUGAAGAUCGCUAUAUUUGUGAGACUAUCCGAUCAAUUUUCGAUAUAAUGGUAUUUACAGACUUAAAGAAUAUUCCAGGUAUCUUGAUGUUCAUUGACUUUAAUAAGGCUUUCGACUCUUUAGAAGGGCAUUAUCUUUUCAGUUGCCUCGAGCCUUUCAAUUUUGACCCUUAAUUUUAUAAAUUGGGUCAAAAUGUUUUAUACAAAUAUUCAAAGCAGUGCAAUAAAUACUGGAAUGACAUCAGACUAUUUUACUUUAGAACGUGGUGUGAGGCAGGGUGAUCCCUUAACCCCCAACCUCUUUAUCUUAGCUGUUGAAAGCCUGGCAAUCUCCAUUCGCCACAAUGUUGAUAUUAAAGGAAUUAAAAUAGGAAAUCACGAAGCCAAACUAUUGUAAUACGCAGACGAUACCACAGCAAUCCUGUCUGAUAGCUUCUGAUGAAAAUUCAGCAGAAACGUUAUUUGACGGACUAGAAGUUUUUAAGAACUUCAGUGGGUUGGAGAUAAAUAGCUCUAAAACAGAAGAAAUGUGGAUUGGUUCGCUUAAAAGAAAACACCAAAAACCGUUUGGAAUUAAAUGGCCUAGUGAACCCAUAAAAGCUUUAGGAACCUUUUUUACAUAUGACCAAGCAUUGCUUUACGAAAAAAACUUUCAAGAGAAGGUUGACAGCAUGAAGAAGCUGACAAAUAUAUGGUCAUCUCGAGGACUGUCCAUUUAAGGUAAAGAAACUAUGAUCAAAUCAUUACUUAUUGCAAACUAGUUUUUAUACCUAGUUCGGUUCUUUCACCUCCGAGUAAAAUCAUCAAACAAGUAAAUAGUAUGAUUUUCUCCUUUUUAUGGAAUGGAAAGGAUAAAGUAACGAGGCUCUCUUCAAUAAACAGUUAUUAGGACGGUGGCAAAUAAAUGACAGAUAUUGAAAGCUUGGUCAAAGCUGUACGACUAGCUUGGCUAGAACCUAUUUUCUGCGAUAGCGAAAGUACGUGGAAAUUCUACUUGUUACAUCUCCUACAGUAAUGUUUGUGGUCUUAUAAUUUUUAAAUGCAAUUACGCAAUAAACGAUCUUUGAAUUAACUCAGUUUUCUACGAAGAACUCUUAGAAUGGUGGUUAGAAUUUCGAAAUCUCUUUUUAGCUGACAAAGAACGGCUUUGUAUAAUCUGGAAUAACAAAGAUAUAAGAAAAGAUGGAAAACCAGUCUUUUAUAAAUCUUAUUAUGACUCCGGGAUAUGAAUCAUUAACGAUCUCUUGUUUAAUCUCGACAAUAUAGAAUCCUUUAAUGUAUUUAAUAACAUAGUUGAGAAAGCCAAUUUUCUUACAUGGACAGGUUUCAGGCACGCAGCUCCUUCUAUUCUGAAAACAAUAGAGUACAAUACCUUGACAGAAAAUACUUAUUUUACAAAGGGGAAUGAGAUUUUUGACAUAGCGGAAAAGAAAACGAAAGACUACUACUCUUUAAUAAUAUCAAAUGAAGUACAAUUACCUAGUAAUGCAAAGAAUUUAAAACAUGAUUUCGACUUAUCUGGUAAAGAAAUUGCUUACAACCUUCUCCACCUUACAGCACAGGAGUCUUACGUCAAAUCCUUUCAAUAUAAAGUUUUAAAUUCAAUAUUUUACACUAAUGCAAAACUUUUUAAAAUUGGAUAUCUCCAGCAUGACAAAGGUACUUUUUGCAAGACUGAACAGGAUACAUUAUGUCUCUUUCUCUUUUACUGUCGGCACUGAAAAAUGUUGUGGAAAAAUGUUGAGCAGUAUUAUUUAACAAUAGCAAAGGAAUUUCACGCGUUGUGUUUACGGGAGGUUAUAAUUGGAAUAACGAUGGCAAAAUGCCCCUUGUUAAAUUAUCUGAUAUUAACUGGUGAACUAUAUUUAUGGGAUUGUAGAAAGAACCAGGCACUUCCAAACAACGAAGGUUCCAAAUUCAACGUAAGAAUUAAAUACCAAGUUGAAAAAUAUAUUUCCACUAAGAAUAAUAAAUUGGAAACCUUUUAUGAAAAAUGGCCAAAAGACAUCUCUAGCUAUCUCUCCCCUUUCAUUAAGUUAGUGUGUAAUUAAAAAUUGUAAUCUUCUAUUAGAUACUCUUUUUUCUGUAUUUUUUGUUUUUGUUUUGUUUUUGUUUUAUUUCAGAGUGUACUGUAAAUAAGUGUUAAUUUCUCUUUUAUCUACCUAAUUAAGUACUAAUCAACUAUUUGUAAAAUAAGCCACAUUCAGCAGUUGCGCGGCUGUUUGUUGGCUGUAACGUGUAUAAUUGUGAAAUGUAGAUAAUUGUAAAUAUGUAAUACUUUUCCUUUUUCUCUUCUUCUGUUAUUACGGUUGUUUAGAAUUUUGUUAUUAGUUUGUUUUUAAGUAGUCUUUUUGUAAUUAGAGUAAACAAUAUCUUUAUUCAAUUUAAAAAGGCGAAAAAGUCACAACGGACAUUCGACAAAGGACUUACAAUCCCCCGUUGCAAGACUCCCACUCCAAGAAUCAGAAAGAGGAAAGCAGCGGGGGAACAUAUUGA